AUGGCUCCUACAUUAACUAUUUUCUGUCUCAUUUUCCUUCUGUCAACAACUAUUUAUCUUCAUCCAGUUCUUGCAUGGCGACCCACGUUACUCGAAACCGACAAACUGUUCUGCAUCAAGUAUAGAGUUCAUGUCAUGAAUGGCUUAAGCAGCAAUGAAAAUCCUUUAUAUAUCCAUUGCCAAUCAAGAGAUGAUGAUCUCGGUGACCAUACACUGAAUGUCGGAGGAGAUUUCAAUUUCAAGUUUCGUAUUAAGUUAAUUGGACCCAAUACUUGGUUUAGUUGUGAUAUGGUAUGGGGAUCAAAGCAUCAACAUGUUGAUGUUUUUAGACAGAAAGUUGAAGGACCUAUGUGCUGUGCUGAUGGUAACAGUUGCUAUUGGCGAGCCCAAGAUGAUGGGAUUUAUUUUAGUACUAAUAAUGUGGAAUGGAUCAGAAGAUAUGAAUGGUUUUAA